ACUCCCGCUGAUGUUCAUUGGGUCCAAGCUGGGGAGCAGUCUACCUGAGCAUGGAGGUGCUGGCCAGCGCACUAGAGUCCUAUCGGGGCCGGGAUCGGUUAGUGCGUGUGGUUUGCUACAGCUCCCGGCUGCUGGGCGGCCUGCAGCUGGCGUCGAGGAAUGGCCGCCCGGAACUGGACCGCCGGCUGCUGCGCCUGUCGCAGGAGCUCAGCAACUGCAGGGCAACGCUGCGGCUGUUCGACGACCUCUCUAUGUUCCUGUACUCGCGGGAGUACGGCCUGGGCGCCGCGGAGGAAGAUACUGUUGUUCGCUGGCUGUCCGUAGUUGCAAACAUUGCAGAUCAGCUCUACUACCCCUGUGAGCACCUGGCUUGGGCUGCAGAUUACAAAAUCCUCGGCAUCUACUCCAACAAGUGGUGGACACUUAGUAAUGUGCUCUGGAGUCUGUCGCUGGCGCUGGGAGCUCUACGAUCUUUAAGAGUUCUGCAGCUGCUAAAGAGAAAACUGAAGAGAGGUCAAAAGGGCCACCUUGGAACAGAAGAACUGAAGGAGCUGCACAAGUACCAGGUUCGGAAGCAAGCAGAAAUCCUCAACCUCAUCAGCAACCUGAGUGACUUGACCAAUGCUGUGCAUUGGAUGCCACCUGGCUUCCUGUGGGCAGGGCGCUUCCCGGAAUGGCUGGUUGGACUAAUGGGCACAAUCUCUUCCCUGAUUAGUCUCCAUCAGAUGUGGUGUGUGAGCAAUGCCAGUAAGGACCCAUGAGAAGACAGCUACUUCACAUUGUCCAGCAUUGGGACAAGGAGUUCACAUGAUACCAGUGUUUUAUUGCCUUCUUCUGGGGUAGGGGGCCCUCUGGCUGUUGUCUUUUUGGUGGGGGUGCAAGUGCAGGUGGAGGUAGGUAAGAGGAUACAUGCCUCUCACCCUCCUCAUACCACUGAAUGAAGCAUGGGCAGUCUCCUCUUCCACUGGUCUAAGGCUACCAAGGCAGAGCAAGAGCAUUGGGACUUUAUCCCACUGCUGACAACUGGCUUCUUUGACCUGGCAUCAAGGGAGCAUUUCUCUUCCCUUCCGUUUUUCCAAGUUCAAAUAUGAUUGUGUUAUACUUUGAUUAACAAUCUGCCCCUUCCUUCUCCCAACCCAUAGCAUCAAAUCUCUCGCCACAGAAAGAACCAUCCAGUUAGAUUUAUUCACCAGGGCUGUUUGAGGAAGUUUUCUCCAUGAAGCAACAUGGUUUUCAAGCUUCCCCAACACCUAGUGGACGAGACUUUGCAUCAAUACGGGUAGCGAAAGUCUAGGAUCCAACCUGUGCUAUGGAUUAGUAAUCUGUCAGAGACUGGCUCUGGAUCACUUUGAGUGAAUCAAGGUUCAGGCUUAACCAAGAAGACUUGAGACUUGGCAGACUCUUGGGGAGACUGCUUCCAAGAGAAGAGCAAGGGUUCAGUAUCAGCCAGAAAUAAAACUGCAGCCUGUGGGUGCAAUAGCUUAAUUUCAUUUUAUUUGUUGGUGAUGUGAAAUAAAAUAGAAAAUGGAAAAAAAUGUUUGGCGGGUCAGACAGCAGCUGUGGAUAGAGAAACAGUUAACAUUUCAGGUCUUUCAUCAUAAAGGCUUGCAGUUAAAACAAUAUAUAUAGUUUUGAUUAUCAUCAGAGCCCACUUUUGUGGUCUCACUCAUUGUUUUUGUUUAGAGGACAUUCUGCCAGGGACCACACCUUCUGUCUCAAUAUACACCGACUUCCUUAGAAAACACAGAACUACUGUUGCAAAGAGUUUGUAUUUCACAGAAACACAGCAAUAAAAUAACAAGAAGCUGUCAACUAAUGUAACAGAAUGAUAACAGAGGCAGAAACCCAAUUCAGGGAUGUUUCAGAGAAUGUCAAAUUCUAAAUACUUUUUUAUGUAAUUUUCAAUUAAACCUUAUUUUAAAUGU